AUGCUCUUGUUUCAGGUACGUGAUUACCGUACAGCGAGCUUUAACGUGCAUAUAUAUAUAUAUAUAUAUAUGUAUUUUUUUUUGUGUGUGUAUGGUCUCCAUACUUUUUUCUGUUAUGUUUUAUGUUUUAUGUUCUUUUUUUUUUCUUUUUUUUUUUUCUACCUCUGUCGCUUAUUCUCUGUCUAUCCCGCUCUUUUUCUUUUCUUAGUUUCUGAGGCAUCUAUCAAAAGGAAAAAAAUAUAUAUAUACCCCCCCCCCCUCUCAAUAACAACACCAGCACCCUCCCAAAAAAAAAAAAAAAGAAGUUUUCCUCUCUUUGAUUUUGUAUUCUUUUUUUUUUGUUCUCCUUACCCUUUUUUUUUUCAUAUUUCAACCUUAAAUGUACAUGUUUUCGUUUUACGUUUGUUUGUUUGUUUUGUUUUGUUUUUUCUUCUGACUGACUUCGUUAAGUGCCGUUUAUGUAUGUAUUUAUUUAUUUAUAAUUUCUUCCUUUUUUUUUUUUUGAAAAAAAAAAGCCCCCUUUCCCCCUCGGUUGAGUGUUGUUUCCAAAUUAAUUCGUAUGGAAAGUGUGACGUGAGGAGGUAA